AUGGCUGCCUUGGUGCUUUUUGGCUGCACAGUGGCCUCUGUGUUGAGUGACCCAACGUUCAAUGGCUUGCCGCGAGAUUUGAAGGUAGUCGAAAUCUUCUCCGGUGUGGGAAGUGUGGCAGCAGCAGCGACUGCAUCAGGUCUUUCUUCCCAACCCUUCGACAAGUUCAGAAUUGAGGGCCGCACCAACAUUCCAGGGCGCAGCUGCGAAGACUUGACUGUGAAGGCUGGGUUUGUGAAUGCGGUGAAGCUAGUCAUGCAGCUGGCACUUGGAGGGUUGCUUUGGCUUGCGCCUGUUUGCUCAUCAUGGGUGGGCCUCAACAUCAGCCGGACCUUGCGGUCACACAAGAACAACUUCCAAGGUGACACAACGUACCCAAAAGUUGCAGAGGGCAAUCUGCAAGCAAAGGCGUGCGCCUUCUUCAUGCAGCUGGCACAGUUUCGAGGCAUUGAGGUCAUCCUUGAGAACCCACCUAGCAGCACUAUCUUCAACUUCCCCGUGCUCCGGGCAGCUAUUUCCAGCAUGAAGCUGGUGAGCUUUGUGACCCAUCGCUGCGCUUUUGAUGUGUCUGCUGCAAAAGGGAAAAGGCUGUGGAAGAAGUACAAAUUCGUGGGGCCAGCUGCAUGGGUUCAGAAGCUGGCCAAGCCUUGCCCUUGCCAAGGGAAAAACCACAUCUACCUGACUGAACGUUGGACUGAUUGCCACGGCAAGAACCGAUUCAAAGGCUUGAAGACCCUGCUUGACAAGUCUGCGGCGUACCCAGCAGCAAUGGGAACUGCAGCAGUCAAGGCUUGGCUCAGCAACACCGCUGAAAAGCACAGAGCCCCAGACUCAGAGACCAGAGGCCAGAAGCGGAAAGCUGUAUGGUCCACCAAUUCUUGGCUGCAGCCGUCAGUGAGUGGAGCUGUAGAUUCCAGGCCAUCUUCCAAGCCGCAUUGGUGUUUGCCACCGGCUGGCAAGUAA